AUGACAGACUCUCCAAUUCGAACACAUGGAUCAGCAGACUUUGUAAACCGAAGAAAUUCGGCAUUUAAUUCUAAACGAAAUUCGCCUCGAGUUUUUCUAACUCCAAGAACUCUAUCAAGCACAGUUCCAAAGCCGCGAGUUCCACAUUUAGUCAUGAACAAUAUUCCUACAUAUGAGCAGGCAAGUUUGGAUAUGAUGUACAAAAAAACUGAAAGAGAUUGCAGCAUUCUCGAGGAUUUAUUGAUAAACCAAAGCUCAAGAACAUUUGAUGAGAGACUAGUAAAGAGGGUUGAAGGAGAAAUUCAAAGAAUCGAUGGCAGCUUUUCUUUUAAUAUAGAUGAAGAGUCAUUUGAAAAUACUAUCAAAUAUAUACAAAAGGCUGUCGAUAAGCUGCUCAUAGAAAAAAAUGAUAUUGAAAAAACCAAAGAGAAUUUAAAUAAAAUCGCUUUAAGUUUGAAUUCAUCAUCCACAGAGUCAUGAUCAGCUAAAAAAGGGAAAGAAAUUUUAGAAGAAAUGAAAAACAGCAUGGAAAUCGAAUAUGAAGAAAUCAAAAGAGCAAAAAUCAAACUAGCAGAAACAGAAAAAUUUUUAGCAAAAUAUGAUGCAUUGCUUAAAGAAAAAGAAAAGAAAAUUAAAGAAAGGCAAGAUCAAGCGAAUAAAAUGUUUGAAGAAAAUCUGGAAAAUAAAAAUAAGGCCAUAGAAAAAGAAGAAAGAUUAGAAGAUACUGAAAAAGAGCUGAAAGAAAGAGAAAAAAUAGUAAAAAUGAAAGAAACCGAAUUGAAAAUCAAAGAAAGUGAAUUAAAUGAGCUUGACAUGAGAAUAAAUGAAAUGGAAACAGAAAUAAAAGAAAAUCAAAAAGAAACUGAAAAAGAAAUCAGGGAAAGAGAAAAAAAUUGUUAUGAAAAGGAGCAGGAUUUAAAAGAGCGAGAACGAAAAAUCAUGGAGAGAGAAAAAAUGAUUGAAUAUAGAGAAGAAAAACUAAAUGAAAGGGAAAAAAGAUUUGAUGAGAUUGAUAGAAAAAUUUCUGAAAAGGAAAGAGAAGUAGCAGAAAAAGAAAAGCUUAUAAGAAAAAAAGAGAAAAAAAAUAGCCAAAAAGAAUUUGAUUUAAUUUCAAUAAAAGAAAAAAAUGACACUGAGUAUAUGAUGAAACAAAAAGAUAUUGAUAAAAAAUUAAGUGAAAUAAAGCUUAUUGAGUUUUCUUUGAGCGAAAAAGAAAAGAAAAUCAACGAAAAGGAUAUCGAAUUAGAUCGACAAAGAUUUUUAUUAGAAAAAUCCAAAGAAUCAUUCGUAGCAGAAAAAGAAGAGUUUGAGAUUUAUCAAAAGCAGCAAGAGGAAGAAAAUAAUUUCAUGAAAGAGAAAAUAUCAGAACAAAUGAAAAAAGCAGAGGAGCUAAAAGAAAAUGGUGAAAAUAAAAUUCAGAUCUAUGAAAAGAAAGCAAAAGAUCUUGAUAUAGAAAAAGAAUUUCUGCAAAAAGAUUAUGAAAAUAAGCUUGAAGUCUUGAAAAGCAAAAGCGAAUUAUAUGAAAAUAUGAAGCUUGAUUUAAAGCAAAAAGAGGCAGAUUUUGAAAAUUUCAAAAAAAAUUACUAUGAGGCUGUAGAAAAAGAAAUUGAAAAUAAAUAUUUUAGAAAAGAGCAAGAAAAAACAGAAGAGUUUGAAAAUUAUGAAAAGGAUCUCAAAAAUAUUAUCGAGACACAAAAGCUCGAAAUAGAAAGCUACAUAAAUCAUCUAAAAGAAUCUGAUAGUUAUAUUUCUGCUUAUCAAGACACAAUUAAAAAGCAAAAAUCUGAACUUGAAGAAAAAAUGCUUUUCCAAAAAGAUGAUACCGAAAUAAAUGCAUUACAAUCGGAAAUUAUAUCAUUAAAGCAACUAUUAGAAGACUCUAAAAAGAAAAAUAUUGACCUUGAAGCUAUUCUUUCACGAGAUAGAAGACAAAUGAAGGAAGCUAUCAAAAAGGAGGUAUUAGAGGAAUGCCAAGAAAAGCUAAGCCUAGUCCAACAAAGGGAAAAUGGCAUAAACAUCAUGAUCUCUAAUUUAGAAAUAGAAAACAGGGAAAUUGAAGAAAAAACAGAAGAAUUAAAGAAAAAAGAAAUUGAAAUAAAUACAGAAAAAGAAAAAAUUAAGGAAGCUCAAAUUAACUUAAAAAAAGAGCAUGAAAUGCUUAAGGCUAAAGAAGAAAGUUUAAAUAAGCUGGAAUAUGAUGUGCAUUUGAAGAGGAAUGAAAUGAUGGCACAAGAAAAAACUUUAAUUGAAAAAGAAAGAGCAUGUGCGUUCAACACUAAAGAAAAAACUACUGAUGAUUUUACUAACUCCCUCCCUCAGUGAGUAAACAAAAAAGUUUGUUUGUUAUGGAGGGUUUUUUUUUUUAAAAUUUAAAUAUAUUAAAAAUCCCAAUUUGCAAAAAUGGAAACCAAAUAGUAAAAUUUAUAUUUUAAAAUGCGAGGUAUUUAAAAUUAAAUAGGAUGAGCUAGAAAUUUCAUUAUAAUAAUUAUCAUUAUCUAUCAUAAUUUUUAUAUUAAAUAAAUUUUUUGUUGAUCACAGAGAGUGGGCUUCUAUGUAAAAAAAAGGAAUUUUUCUAAUGGUUUUGUUCGCUCACGGAAGGGGUAGUAAGCAUAACUUGCUGACUGGAAAAGGACUUAAUUUUAUAAGCCGAAAAUCAAAUCCGGGAAAAGGAGUUCCUAUUAACCUUGAUAAGCUUUUGCAAAGUAAAGAAGAAAAUAGCGAUGAAGAAAACUUAUAA